CGGAAGAGGAAGUCGCCGCCGCCGCCGCCGCCGCCGCCAUGCAGAGGGAAGAGAAGCAGCUUGAGGCGUCCUUAGAUGCGCUGCUGAGUCAAGUGGGUGAUCUGAAGAAUUCGCUGGGGAGUUUCAUUUAUAAGCUGGAGAACGAGUAUGACCGGCUGUCCUGGCCCUCUGUCCUCGAUAGUUUCGCCUUGCUCUCUGGACAGUUGAACACUUUGAACAAGGUCUUGAAGCAUGAAAAGACACCACUGUUCCGUAACCAGGUCAUCAUCCCUCUGGUGUUGUCCCCGGACCGAGAUGAAGAUCUCAUGCGGCAGACUGAAGGACGAGUACCUGUUUUCAGCCAUGAGGUUGUCCCAGAUCAUCUGAGAACCAAGCCUGACCCUGAGGUCGAAGAACAAGAGAAGCAACUGACGGCAGAUGCUGCCCGUAUCGGUGCUGAUGCCGCCCAGAAGCAGAUCCAGAGCUUGAAUAAAAUGUGCUCAAACCUUCUGGAGAAAAUAAGCAAAGAGGAACGAGAAUCAGAGAGUGGAGGUCUCCGGCCGAACAAGCAGACGUUUAACCCAGCGGACACCAAUGCCUUGGUGGCAGCUGUCGCCUUUGGGAAAGGGCUGUCUAACUGGAGACCUUCAGGCAGCAGUGGCCCUGGCCAGCCAGGCCAGCAGGGAGCUGGAACAAUCCUUGCAGGAGCCUCAGGACUGCAGCAGGUGCAGAUGGCAGGAGCGCCGAGCCAGCAGCAACCCAUGCUCAGUGGCGUGCAAAUGGCCCAGGCUGGUCAGCCAGGGAAAAUGCCAAGUGGAAUAAAAACCAAUAUCAAGUCGGCUUCCAUGCAUCCCUACCAGCGGUGACUGUGGCCAGCAACCUCCACUCCCAGAGCUGUUUGCAGAGCUGGGUGGAGAAAUUGUUUUUUGCCAAGCUAAACCUAAGUGAGCACAGAAGAGGGAAGCUUUCAGCAAUGGCUUUCAGCAACGGACAGAUUUCAUCCUUACUGCUGACGAGGUGUGUGAUCUUGGGCAAACAACCUAGUUUUCCUUAGGCUGUUUUCUUCCUCGUAAUUGAUAACAGUACCUACCUCAUAGGGUUGUUGUGAGGAUUAAAAUAAGAAAAUGUGAAACACUUAGCAAAGUACAUGAAAUACUGGGUACUCAAUAAAUAAUGGUCACUUUUCCCCCACUGCUCUUCUUAAUCCUCAAUCCGGAAUUCA